CCCGCGCCGCCGCCGCCGCCCCCGGCCCCGGCUCCGGCCCCGGCCCAACCCGCCGGCUGCAUGGCUCCGCGCACCGGCCCCGCGCGGCCGCCGCCGCUGUUGCUGCUGUUGCCGCCGCUCCUGCUCCUGGCCUCGGCUUCCAAGCUGAACAUCCCCAAGGUGCUGCUGCCCUUCGCGCGCGGCACCAGGACCAACUUCACGCUGGAGGCCAGCGAGGGCUGCUACCGCUGGUCAUCCACCAGGCCGGAGGUUGCUAGCAUAGAACCUACAGAUCAAAAUGAACUCCAGUGUUCCCAAAAGGCUGUUGUCCAGGCACGUUCAUCACAGCCAACACGUCUGACAAGUAUAAUUUUUGCUGAAGAUAUAAUGACUGGUCAAGUUCUUCGUUGUGAUGCUAUAGUUGACAUAAUUCAUGGCAUCCAAAUUGUGUCCACAACAAGAGAACUUUACUUGGAAGAUUCACCACUGGAACUGAAAAUUCAGGCUUUAGAUUCUGAAGGAAACACUUUUAGCACUUUGGCAGGAUUAGCCUUUGACUGGACAAUAGUAAAAGACACAGAGGCCAGUGGCUUCUCAGAUUCCCACAAUGCAUUGCGCAUACUCAAGUUCUUAGAAUCAACUUACAUACCACCUUCCUAUAUAUCAGAGAUGGAAAAAGUCGCCAAACAAGGAGACACGAUUCUAGUAUCUGGAAUAAAAACGGGAAGUUCCAAAUUAAAAGCAAGAAUACAGGAAAAUGUCUACAAGAAUGUACAGCCUGCUGAAGUCAGAUUGCUUAUUUUGGAAAACAUCCUUUUAAAUCCAGCUUCUGAUAUUUACCUGCUGGUAGGAACAUCAGUUCAAUAUAAAGUUCAGAAAAUAAGACAAGGCAAAAUUGCAGAAUUAAUGAUGCCGUCUGAUCAGUACGAGCUGCAGCUUCAGAACAACAUACUGGGCCCUGAGGGAGAUUCAACUCGGCCUGUUGCCAAGUUGGAUCAGGCAACAUCAACUGUAACUGCAUUGCAGCAGGGACAAACUAACCUCGUGCUGGGGCACAAAAGUAUUCGCCUGCAGGGUGCCUCCAGGUUACCCAACUGCACUAUCUAUGUUGUGGAUCCUGGGUAUUUAGGGUUUACAAUUCAUCCUGGUGACAGAUGGGUCCUGGAAACAGGCAGACUGUAUGAAAUUACAAUUGAAGUGUAUGAUAGAUCAAGCAAUAAAAUGUAUUUGUCUGAUAAUAUCAGGAUUAAUACAGAGCUAUCCAAAGAAUAUUUUGAGGUUCUGAAAUCCUCUUUGAAUGGAUCAUAUCAUUAUGUGAAAGCAAUAAAGAAGGGUCAAACUAUUAUUGAUGCUGCUUUAACAUCUGUGGUAGAUCAGGAUGGGGGUGUUCAUACACUGCCUGUUCCAGUGCGAAACCAGCAGGAAGUUGAAAUUUAUGUUCCCAUUGUCCUUUCACCAAGCAUUUUGACAUUUCCAUGGCAGCCAAAGGCAGGAGCCUAUCAGUAUACAAUAAAGGCUCAUGGUGGAAGUGGAAACUUCAGUUGGUCUUAUUCUAACCAAGCUGUUGCUACAGUAACAGUCAAAGGAGUAAUGACAACUGGGAGUGACAUUGGUGUCAGUAUUAUACAGGCAAAUGAUGUUCAGAACCCACUACACUAUGGAGAAAUGAAGGUAUAUGUAACUGAACCUAGUGGCAUGGAGUUCACACCAUGUCAAGUUGAGGCACGUGUUGGUCAGAUAUUGGAGCUACCCCUGAGGAUUAAUGGUCUAAUGAAUGUUGAAACCAGUGAGAUGGUCACACUGAGCGAUUGUUCGCAUUUUGAUUUAGUUGUGGAGGUAGACAACCGUGGUGUGUUCAAACCGCUUCAAGGGAGACUGAAGCCACUUUCUGACUAUUGCAGUGGAGUCAGAGUGAAAGCUGAAGCUCAAGGAUAUACAACGCUUGUGGUUAGUUAUACUCAUGGUCAUGUCCACCUUAGUGCUAGCAUCACGAUUGCUGCUUAUCUGCCACUAAAAACUAUUGAUCCUCCUUCAGUUGCCUUAGUAACAUUGGGUUCUUCUAAAGACAUGUUAUUUGAAGGUGGACCCAGACCAUGGGUGCAAGAACCUUCAAAAUUCUUCAGGAACAUCACUGCUGAAGAUGCAGGAAGCAUUAGUUUAUCCUUAUUCGGGCCUCCUACAUCUCGAAAUCAUUUCCAGCAUUGGGUUAGAGUAUUUUGCAAAAGUCUAGGAGAACAAGUUAUUACCUUAACAGUUGGAAAUAAGCCCACCAUUACCAACCCCUUCCCAGCUGUUGAACCUGCUUUUGUGAAGCUUAUUUGCACUGCCCCUUCUCGACUCACUUUGACUCCAGUUUAUGCAAAUCCUCAGCUUGAUCUUUCCUGCCCUUUGCUGCAACAGAAUAAGCAAGUGGUUCCUGUUUCAAAUUAUCGCAAUCCAGUAUUGGAUUUAGCUGUUUAUGACCAACAGGGGAUUAAAUUUGAUAACUUCAGCUCACUUGCUAUAAUCUGGGAAUCAACAAAAUUUUCCUUGGCCAGCAUUGAACCCAGCAUGCCAUUGGAGCUGCAACUGAAAGAGGAUGGAAUUGGUCAGAAGAAAAUGCAUGGUUUGCAAACUGUCCUUGUUCAUCAUGAGUCUGGAACAACUGCUGUCUCUGCUACUGCAACAGGAUACCAACAGUCUCAUCUCAAGGCAGCUAAAGUGAACAUACCGUAUGAACCUCUUAUGCCUGUGUCUGCCACUAUUGAGCUGAUACUUGUAGAAGAUGUGAAAGUUAGUCCUAGAGAUGUCACAAUUUACAAUCACCCUGAUGUCAAGGCAGAGCUACUCAUCAAAGAGGGUUCUGGGUAUUUUUUCAUAAACACCAGUGCUAUAAACAUUGUAAAAGUGGCUUAUGAUGAGGCUCGAAGUGUUGCUUUGGUGCAUCCUUUACUUCCAGGAUCAGUAACUGUAAUGAUUCAUGACUUAUGUCUAACUUUUCCUGCCCCAGCCAAAGCUGAAAUGUAUGUAUCUGAUAUACUAGAGCUGUACGUCCGAGUUGUUGACAAGGUGGAGAUUGGAAAAACAGUUAAAGCUUCUGUCAGAGUAUUGGAUGACUCCAAGAAACCUUUUUUGGCUAAAUAUCUCGCAUUCAUGGAUUUAAAACUAAGGGCAGCAUCUCAAAUUGUUUCACUGGUCCCAAUCAAUGAAGCUCUUGAUGACUACACUGCUGCUUUCCUAGUUCAUGGUGUAGCCAUUGGUCAAACCAGUCUUAUGGCGACAGUCACUGAUAAAAAUGGACAAAGAAUCAACUCUGCUCUGCAACAGAUUGAAGUCUUUCCUCCAUUUAGAUUACUACCAAGAAAAAUUACCCUGAUCAUAGGAGCAAUGAUUCAGAUUACUUCAGAAGGGGGCCCACAACCGCAGUCCAACAUAAUUUUUGCUGUCAGUGAUGAAACAAUUGCAUCGGUGAACAGCGCAGGCCUUGUGAAAGGAGCAGCAGUUGGCAAUGGGACAGUAACAGGAGUGGUACAAGCUGUUGAUGCAGAGACCGGGAAAGUUGUUGUGGUUUCUCAGGAUAAAGUGGAAGUUGAAGUAGUACAGCUUCAGGCUAUUAGAGUCCAUGCUCCCAUUACACGAAUGAAAACUGGUACCCAGAUGCCAGUUUAUGUGAUGGGCAUCACCAGUAAUCAGACCCCUUUCUCAUUUGGCAAUGCUGUGCCAGGGUUAACAUUCCAUUGGUCUGUCACCAAGAGGGACAUCUUGGAUAUCAAGACAAGACACAAUGAGGCUUCAUUUCAGCUUCCAGCAAAAUAUAACUUCGCUAUGGAUGUUUAUGGUAAAGUGAAGGGAAGGACAGGCCUGAAAGUUGUUGUUAAAGCCCUUGAUCCUUCAGCUGGACAGUUUUACAACAUGGAAAGGGAGCUAUCAGAUGAAGUCCAAAUUCAGGUAUUUGAAAAACUUUGUCUAGUUACUCCAGAUGUCAAAGCAGAACAGAUCUUAAUGUCACCAAAUUCAUUUAUUAAACUUCAAACAAAUAGGGACAGAGUGGCUUCCCUGAGUUACCGUGUGCUGGAUGGUCCUGAUAAAGUUCCGCUUGUGCAGAUUGAUGAGAGUGGCUUUCUUAACUCUGGAUCUUUGAUAGGAUCAUCAACAAUUGAAGUAAUUUCACAAGAGCCAUUUGGAAUCAACCAGACCAUUGUAGUUGCUGUUAAGGUUUAUCCUGUUUCCUACUUAAGAAUCUCUACAAGUCCUGUUUUGCACACACAAAACAAGGAGGCUAUGUUGGCUCUACCACUAGGUGUGACAUUAAGCUUCACUGUCCAUUUUCAUGAUAACUCUGGAGAUACCUUCCAUGCACACAAUUCUGUGCUCCACUUUGCAACCAACAGAGAUGAUUUUGUGCAGAUUGGGAAAGGAGCCACAAACAACACGUUUGUAAUCCGAACAGUAAAUGUUGGCUUGACCUUGCUUAUGGUUUGGGAUGCAGAGCACAGUGGAAUUGCAGACUAUGUCCCCCUUCCAGUGCAACAUGCCAUUUUCCCUGAGCUUGUGGAUGUGGUAGUAGGUGAUGUCAUCUGUUUGAGUACUUCAUUGAUCAACCAAGAAGGUCUACCAGGAGUAUGGAUCUCUUCAUCAAACAGUGUUCUUCAAGUUGAUGCGAAGACUGGUGCAGCUGUGGCAAGAGAUUCGGGAGUUGUCAGUGUUUAUUAUGAGAUUCCUGGACUACUUAAAACGUACAGGGAGAUAUUGAUUACUAUACCUCAAAGGACUGUAGCGAUGCAUGUAAGUGGAGUGAAAACAAGCUUACAAGGAGUUGUGGCUUCAAAAGUCAUAGUCGCAGUUGGGGAAAGAAGCAGAAAUUUGAAAGGGGAAUGUUCACCUGCUCAGAUUGAAGCCAUUGCAGAACUACAGCCAGAGUCCAUUAUCAGCUGCCAUCUUCAUUUUAACAAUGCUGCAUUUGAUUUCCCAGCCCAUGAUAUUUUUACAGCAGAGCCUGGAUUUGAUAGUGCUUUGGGUCAGUAUAUCUGUUCCAUCACAAUGCACAGACUUACUGACAAGCAGCUAAAGCAUCUCAGCAUGAGUAAAACAGCUCUCAUAGUUACAGCCUCAAUUCAGAGCAGCCAUUUCUCUGGUGAGCAGAUCAGCACUGAAGUGCCAUUCAAUCCAGGAUUUUAUGCUGAUCAGACUGAAAUAGUCUUAAGUAACCAUUAUAUUAGCUCUGAUGUGAAAAUAUUUGGAGCCACUGAAAUUCUCAACAAUCUGGAGGUGAAAUGUGGAUCUCCAAUGGUGAAGGCAUUUGAGAGAGAGAAAUCAUAUGGCCUGCCCAGUUAUGUAACCUACACUGUUAGUUUAUCUGAUCCAAGAGUUACAAGCGAGGGGUCCUUAUCAACCACGCUUACGAUAUCUAGCACAGUGACUGACCAGUCUAUUACUAUUCCAGUGACAAUUAUUUAUAUAACUGGCAGAAGUGGGCCAGUGAGACAUGGAGCCAGCUUAUUCCAACACUUCCUUGAUUCCUAUCAAGUAAUGUUCUUCACGCUUUUUGCACUGCUAGCAGGGACAGCUGUUAUGAUCAUAGCAUACCAUGCAGUAUUCUCACCGAAGGAACAGCAUACUCAUCCAGCAUUCACCCCAAGGACAACUCCUCAACACAGCCAUAACAGUUUUUCUGCUUCACAGGCAAGUCCUUUCAGUCCUGUGUCUUCAAAUAGAAAAAGCAGCCCUUCCUCCAUCCUAUGGAGUACUUCUUAGCCUCUUAGCUUCAAGAGACUACACAGAUUCAUCUGCAUAAGGGCAUAUACUUGGGUUUUAAAGAAGUCAGUGCCUUUACUAGUAGUAAAAGUGUUUCACUGUGGAGGAAUCUCAGCAAAGUUUGAAAAUCUGCAGAUGCUCAGUAAUGGUACAAGUUGUCUUAAAGCAUACUGUAUAACACCUUUUUUAAAAAAUGCCUGGCAUUCUUUUAAUUUUUAUGGGGAUGCUUUCAAUCCUCUAAACUCUAUUCUGCUGUUUUCUGUUUUAUGCUCAGUUGACAAGGAUGACUGGACAAUAAUCAAUUUUUGUGCUAAGUUGGCUUUCCUGCACGCUUCAAGUAAUUGGAAGCUACAUUUAGGAGAAAAUGGUAGUGGCUUUUAUUUACUUUCUGUAGAAAUUAACUUUCUUUUAGUAAGUUUUUUUUAAAAAAGGGAAUUAGAAAAGCAGGUAAAACGUGAGCCAAAAAAUGUGAAGGAUUGUAUGUUUAAAAGGACUAAAGUUUUACUUUGGGUUCCAAGACUCAGGAAUGUACUGCACUGAUAAGUAUUCUUAUAUUCUAGCCUUACAAUGUGAAUCUUCAUUAUAACUUGCCAGUUUAGGAAUGCUGUGAUAACUGUGAAUAAAUUAGUUUUUUUUAACAAAAAUAAAAACAAAAAACAUACAAAUAUGGUUUCAUUUAGGUAAAAUUGCAGUAUUCCUUUUUGCUACUGUAUGCUUCUGCUGUGACCAAGAAUGCAAAAAAAAGCAUGUGCCUUCUUAAAAGAAUCUGCAUUUGGUAAAAUUAUGUAGAGGUAUGCAAAUAUUUUAGUUGAAGGCAGUAAUUUUCAUCACCUUUUUAAUUGUUAUUAUAAAUAUGAAAGAUAUGAUAUUUUUAUUGAUUGAUUGUUUUAAAAAUAUAAAUACCUCGGCCAAAACUGAGCCUACAUCCAUUGCCACUGCCCAGUUACUGCCUCAUAAGCUGAGUAGCUUGUUUCAUGGUAAUGAUAAAUUUUAGUUGGUUUAUUCUGUCUCUGAUGCAAUAUACCUGCAUACAUAUUCUCUGGGCACCCUAAAAGAUUGCCUUUUACUAUUAGGUAAAGUAUUAAUGCUAAGAUCAUCUAGGAACUACUGUUAUCGUAAUUAAUAUCUUACCCAAUAAUAAUAGUGCUUACUGUAUAAUGUGUAUGUAUAAUAAAAUACUUAUGUAUGCAGUGUAUUGCAUAGUUAUUACUCUUCUAUUUUAUGUGUGUGUUUCUGAUGGACUAGAACACACCCACACCCAUAUGACAUUUGUGCACAGUCAACAGAUAAAUCAGAAGUUUCUUGACCAAGCCAGGUGGUAAAUUACUAUACACGCUCAGACCUGCCAUGCUUUCAGAAAGUAAAGCUGCCAGCAAUGUGCACAAAAGAGAGGGGGGUUUUCAUGUUAAUUUUAAACGCUGAGAGAAACACAAGACUAUUUUUCAAGAAGUUGCCCUUAAACAUUGGCCCUAGGAUAGAAAAAUUACCUCAUUUAUGAUGUAAAGAAAACCCUUUGUUUUGUGGAUCACAACUGCAGAAAUUUUCUCUUGUCCCACAGGCGAUAUUUUGCAGCUGUUGCCCUCAGAAUUGGGUUUUGUUUACAUUUAGGUAUCAUUAUCCAUGUUGCAGCUGUGAAUAAUUCCUGAAGUGUGAAUUGUCCAAAAGAACCGUAAUGAAGGUAGUCACAAGUGCUCUGAUUAAAAAACAAGGCGUCACAACAUAUGUGAGCAACACAUCAAAUUAUGCAAGAGGAGACAGGGAUGUACACACAGACAAAUUGUGUGGCAUAUAGCUUUUUUUUUUAUGCAGUUGUUACCGAAAAAUUAAGCACUGUUAAUUAUUGAUCCUUUGUGAGGUUUUAUAUAAUUUAUUUACUAGUUAUUGAAAGAGUAAUGUGCCUUACAUGCUAGUACUGCUUAAAAUUGACAAUUUGGAUGUAUAUAUGGGCAUUUAUACUUGUCUUAUUUAAUAAAGUUUUAUAAGAUUACUUAA